GAUAUCCGAGGAAGCUCCCCGCACUGGCUUCAGAUGGACGCUAACACCAAUGAAGCCUAGCACAAGAUUGUCUCUAAUGUUCAGUUGCUACUGAGUCGUGUGCGUCGAGUUGCCGGUCAUCAAAUGACAAGUUUGCAUUCGAAAUCCCCGGGUUCCCCAGGAUUGACCAUACGGUCGAAUCAUGGCCGAGGCAGAAGCCUCCAACGCCGACGCGGUGGGUAGCGAUGCGCAGGACUCGAAUGAGCAGCCGGCCCAGAAGAAACGUCGUACAGGCGCGUCCUCUCGCGGCGUAGCGAACCUCACACCCGACCAGCUUGCGCGCAAGCGGGCAAACGACCGAGAGGCACAGCGAGCCAUCCGAGAGAGAACAAAGAAUCAGAUCGACCGUUUGAACCAGCGAAUACGCGAACUCGAGAGCCAGCAGCCGUAUCAUGAUCUCCAGGUCGUGCUACGAGAAAAGGAGGCGAUCCAGGCGGAAAACACAGAAAUUCGGAAGCGUUUGGAGUCGGUAGUGUCAAUCAUCCAGCCGCUCUUGAGAGCUUCAGGGGGCUUGAAUGAAUUGGCAGCAGCAGCAGAAAGGAGUCCGCUUCCUCCCCCUGUAGCACCGUCUCCUCGAGAUGUCUCCCAACCUCAUGAGCCAACACCACACAAUAAAGAGAGUCGGAGUUAUAGCCACAAUAGCAAUCACCGGGAUCUAGCAUCGCCAGACAAUGGAGUUCAAUCGCCAGCAAUUCCAGAGCCUGGCCGGCAAUGGAUGUACACAGCGUACACACCAUCAGGCCAGAGAUGGUCCGUGGAAAGCGCACAUUAUGAGCAGGCGCGCACUACUCCAGGCCAACAACAACAACAACAUGGCCUACCAUUUGAUGAACGACUGGGUGUGGAUUUCCUUCUGGACAACAAUCAGCGCAGGGUAGAUACAGGAUUGCCUCCCCCAGCAAAUCCACCUGCUCAAGAGUCAGCACCCUCCGCCAAUGCACCCCACCAUACCGGAGGCCAAUGUGCGCCGACGUUUGUUCCUUACCAGAUAUUACCUCGGAACGUCCCACCGACAUGUCCCUUGGACGUCAUUAUGCUGGAUUUCCUGAACGAUCGCCAGGCUCGUGCGGCAGAGGGUGUUCCACUCAAGACCUUAGUAGGACCUAUGUAUCCCAAUUUCACCUCACUAGUAUACCCAGAUCGCUGCGUAGACUCGCACCCGCUCUCAAAGCUCUUCACGGAUAUCCUAAGGACAUUUCCCGACAUCUGCGGAAUCCCAGAGCAGGUAGCAAUCGUCUUCAUCAUGUUCCUCAUCAUGCGGUGGCAGAUCGAACCGUCACAGGAGAACUACGACAGAAUACCAGACUGGGUGUCACCCCGCCCAUCGCAGCUCUUCGUAUCUCACCCCGCCUGGUUCGACCACAUUCCUUGGCCUCGAUUAAGAGAUCGCCUAAUCGCCCACUCCCCCUUCGUACUCUUCGACCAAUUCUUCAUCCCCUUCACGACCACCAUCUCCCUCAACUGGCCCUACGAAGCACGUGACUGCCUUCUCCCAGCCUCGAAAAUCCAUUCGUCGUCGCUCUCCACGACGUCUUCCAUCCCGGCGUCGAGUCCUUAUUCCACAGCCGUCCACGCGGGGUCGCCUCACCCGAGUACCCCUCAGCCCGCGGGCAGUACGCCCGGGGCCAAUGGCAGCACCCAUGUACCCAAAGAAGACGACCAGUGGCUCAUCAACCCGGCUUUCGAAAGCCACCUUCGAGACAUUAAGAAUUGGAGCCUCGGGCCCGAUUUUAGAAACACGUUUCCCUCUUUCAGUGAUUGCGUCCGGAUAAAGGAGAGUAGAUGAUGGGAGAGAGGAGAAAAAAAGAAGUUUGUGGGGAUCUAGAUUUAGUCCCUUUUUUGUUUAUUGUUGCUGUUUUUUUGUCCGAGUAAAAUGGAGUUCUGAAUUCGUCCAUUAGCCUACGAUACACUGCUUAGAUGGCCUCAAUGUUGCCCUUGGGGGCUGUUUGUCCGUUUAAAGUUCUUGAUCUUGAGCUCGACUCUAAUUUAUGUACACUUAGCAUACCCAACCCUGUCCAAUUAUAGCAAUUUGUUGAUCUAAACUAGCUACCUGCUGGCAAUGAUGGGCCACAGCCAGGUGCAAGUGCAAGCUCGACUAGUAUAUCAAAUCUUCCCUGGCCCAACCACACC